GAUUAUAACUUCUAAACAAAUGAAACUGGUUUGAAAAUAUAUUACUGAGAUAAUUGUAAAUUGCGUGAAGCUUAAUUUUAAAGUUGAGAGAUGCUGUUCGAUGCAACAGUUGGUAAAACAGUUUCCAUUCAGUUGUAAAUGAUUGUAAGGUGCUGCCAUCGAGUGACAAAAUAUUCAAGUAAAAUUUCUAUCCACCUUUCAACGCUUUUCAAACUUCUCAGUAAGCGCAUAUCGAUUCAAGCGCGAAGAAAGUAACCGUUGGCUUUCCACGAGCGUCCUAUCAGUUACGGCUUUUUUCGUUUAAAAUAAUUUGUUAUUUAUAACAAUUAGUAUGGAAUCUGCUAUCGGUCAUCUCGAACAAAGUGUUCAGAAAGCGGACGGAAAGUUAGAUAUGAUUGCAUGGCAAAUUGACGCUUUUGAAAAAGAAUUUGAAAAUCCCGAGAACGAGAUUUCUGUGCUUCGUCUGUUACGGUCUGUUCAUCAAGUUACAAAAGAUUAUCAAAAUCUUCGUCAAGAAAUAUUGGAGGUUCAACAAUUGCAAAAGCAACUUUCAGAUUCCCUUAAAGUGCAAUUAUCUCAGAAUUGAACGCAGAUCCUUGGAUGUCUGCUUUUACUGUCUACAUAUCACGUUCCCGCGUUUUUCGAACGUCUAUUUCAUCUUUUUACAUGUGAUACUUCUACAAGUACUCACUGAUCCUCUGUUCACUGAAAAUCAAUAGCAAUUGCAUAUAAAAAAAAAGAAUGAAUAAAAACGAAGACUAUAGUUGUUUAAAAAUGUGGCGAUCUUGUAUCAUUAUUCUUGAUAUACAUAGGAUUUAUUCAAUUUGCAAUAUAAUUUAUUUCAUUUCUUUAUUAUUCGAAACACUUCGUGUAAUUAAUUUAUAUAAUAUUUCAAAUGUCUAUAAUGAAAACAAUGAAAUUAAUUAUCGCAGAAAAUAUACGAAUGGCAUUUGUAUUUGGUAAUUAUAACCUAAAACAGAUAAAAGUUGGAGAACUUGCUUCGUUUUUAAUUGAUAUCCUUGUAUACUUCUUUUUACAAAUGUUAUCGAUAAAACUUUAAUGCAUGUUGCACGCUUAAACACAAUAUAAAUGCAAAAAAUGUAUCAACCAUUACUUUAUACAAAUUUUUCAUUGUUCAUUCGUAAUAAGCGUUCAAAUGGUUCGCAAAAUUGUAUCAUUUUGAUUCCAGUUUGAAUUUUUAACGAUCAAUUACAAUAUGAUUAAUUACCAUUAAUAUAAUUACGUUAAUUGAAAUUCGUAAAACAGAAUAUCUAUUAAUGAAACAUAGUAUAGAUACAUAUUUUAGUUGUUCCAUUGUAAUCCAUUUAGAUAUUUUUGGCUUAAUAUGUUUUCCAAACAUUCAGUGAAAUAUUUAUGGAAGCAUUCGUAGAUUUGUUCAAAUUGGAAUUCAUCCAGGACAAUGUUCGUAUCGAGCGUUGAAAUUUACCAAAUUGUUUACCAUUGUAUUAUACACGAUUGCUCAAAUAUUUCGAUGUACAUUAUACAGAAAUUAUAUGACACGAUAAAAGAAAUUGUAUCUUUUUAGAUAUUUAUCACACUAUUAUGUAAUAAAUUGUUAACUCUGUAGCAAAUCAUUAA